CUUCCUCUGUGAUGCGGAUGCGAUAUUCAUGGUGAGCAGGCAGAAAGGGCUUGGUCGGGGUGUCACUGGUGUAUGUGAGAGGCUCUCUGGACAGCAGAAAACCGGGUUGACGACGCUGCUGAAGCCCCGUGGAUGAAUCUCCUUCUCGGCUAUGCUGCCCUGAAAGCACCGCGUGCACCCGCCCUGCCAACAUGUCUGAUGUCAACAAGACUAUUCAGAAAUGGCACGCCAGUUUUAGGAAAGGCACGGACUUUGACUCGUGGGGACAAUUAGUGGAGGCUAUAGAUGAGUACCAAAUUCUGGCGAGGCAGCUUCAAAAAGAGGUCCAGUCACCAAAUUCAUCAGACUUCACAGAGGAGCAGAAGAAAACGUUAGUAAAGAUUGCAACAUGCCUGGAGUUGAGGAGUGCCAGUCUACAGUGCACACAGUCAACCGAGGAGUUCAAGCUAGAAGAACUGAAGAAACUGGAAACCAUAAUUCAGAAUAUUCUGACCUACAACAAAGAAUUCCCUUAUGAUGUCCAGCCAGUGCCCUUAAGGAAAAUCCUCGCUCCAGGUGAAGAGGAGAACCUGGAGCUGGAGGAGGAGGAGGAUGCUGCAGCAGGAGCAGGUUCUACAGAAGCCUUCCCCCCGCGAGCCCCUGCUUCGCAAGGUACUUUGUUGCCAAGGCUACCCUCAGAGCCUGGGAUGUCACUACUUACACUCAAGAUAGAAAAGAUUGGGUUAAAGGAUGCUGGGCAGUGCAUUGAUCCUUACAUGACCAUCAGUGUCAAAGAUGUGAAUGGAGUAGAUUUAAACCCGGUGCAGGACACCCCUGUGGCGUCCAGGAAGGAAGAUACCUACAUCCACUUCUCUGUGGAAGUGGAGAUUCAGAGACAUGUGGAGAAAUUACCAAAAGGAGCAGCUAUCUUCUUUGAAUUCAAGCACUACAAACCUAAAAAGAGGUUCACCAGCACAAAGUGUUUCGCCUUCAUGGAGAUGGACGAGAUCAAACCAGGUCCCAUUGUAAUUGAACUGUACAAGAAGCCCACAGACUUCAAGAGGAAGAAACUGCAGCUCUUAACAAAGAAACAACUCUAUCUUCAUCUUCAUCAGACGUUACACAAGGACAGCUAAGUCCCAGCACGCCUUGAGUUUUACACCAUCUCUGCUUAUCUUUGUCUUACAUCCACAUGGUGCAAAAUGUGGUGACCACCUCAUCACAUCCAGCAAUACUAAAUCAACCUCAUGCUCUUUUUUUCUGAGUGUAUGAAGAAAGCAAAGGGAACUGAGCUAAACAUUUCCCACCGCUCAGUUUUGAUUUUUUUGUUUCUUUCAUUUUGUCAUAUCUGUUGCAGGAAAGCCUUCUCCCAAAAACUCAGAACCCCUUCAAACAAGCUGGUUUUGACUACCUGGAGAUGGAGGGCUUUCAUUCCUAAAACAGGGUUGUGUUAAAACAGUCAUUCCGCCUCAUCCUCAGUCUUCCUGAGCUCACUGAUUUUUGAGGAAUGGGACGAAACGUGAGUUAUCACUGGUGCUUAAUCUGAGUCUGUAUUCAGUUUUGCUCGCCACUGUUGGUGCUUUUGGACUUUGACUUUCUAGUUAAAUCUCUGAAGUAAAACAUUGAAGGAAACUAUAGUUGCCAAAAUACAUGGACUUAAUGGGGAAGUCAUGGCAGGGUUGGCAAAGAAAUACCCUGAAUAAAGCAGCACUGAGUGAUCUAUAAAACCACUGAGUAAACAAACCCUGGCAGGAUUCACUGAUGGAGUUUGGAUUUGCCAUACUUUAAGAGUUAUUGUGUUUUACUUUAUUCAAAUAGAUCAAUAACAACAAACUGGUUUAUGUACGACGGCGUAUUAGGGCCACUUAAAGAAAUUGAAAAAAAUAAUAAUAAUCAAGAAAGAAAACUCAAAUUUUUAAAUUUUUUUCUCAAAAAUGUACUAAUUCUAAUUUAUUCUUGUUGGAUAAACACAAACACCUCCAUCCAGUGUGCUGCUUUCUUCUGAACAGCCCCAAUAUAUGGCAAUGUCUUUUCAAAGUCCUGAUGCUUAUAAUAAUGUGAUGAUUCUGGGCUAGAAUUAGUAGUAUCUCCUUACUGCUGAGUCCAAGUAGGCAGUACAAUUUGAUGAGGCUGUCAAGUGGAUCCAUGAUGCAGUGGAAUGGACAAAAGGCAACUUGAGUUUGAUUUCUCACUGAUUUCGUCUUUAAAAACUCCACAUUUUUAAAUAUUUGCUCAGAAAACCACAACUUUAUAAUCUCAGAUAUAUUGAGUUUUUUCUGAAACAUUUAUGACUUUAAAAACUUGAAAAUUUCAAGUUUGAUUUCUCAGAUUUGUGACUUUAUAAAUUCGAGUUUUUCACGAAAAUGUAAUAAUUCCCCCCAAAAAAUUCUUUCAAAGUGGCCCUAAUAUGCCUUCGUAUAAUUAAACUGUCAUGUAAAUUACAAUGUAAAAGUAGUAGAUUGUUUUCACAAAUGGUUAAUUCAGCUUUUUACUAAACUUUAAAUUAACAUUUUUUAACAAAACCAGUUUGAAAAUCUCUUAAAUUCAACAUUCCACUAAUCCAUCUACUACCGUCUCUCCCCUAGACGGUGAAACACCUUCAAUUCCCCUCCAAUAUUUAGUUUAAUUUGUGCUUUCUUUCAUAUAACGCUAACAUGAACUAAUUUUUUGACCACUGAGGCAGCAGAUAAGAGCUUUAACCACCUAUCACCACCUUUAACAGGAUUUUGGUGGACUUGUUUACACAUCCAGUGGACAUGAAGUGACAUAAGGUGCAUUUCGACCAAGAGUUUUUUAGUCUUUUAGCCCCCAGAACUACUUUCCCCGGAACUAAAAGGUUCCUGUGCCUCCAUUGUUGGCUGCGU